AUGGCUCUGGCGCGGCUGACGCGAGUCUUACCACUCGCGGCUCGUUUAGUCCUGGCGCCCCGACGGGACUUGGUGGUCGGCGGUCCUGACGAGCCUCUGCCGGUGGUGCGCAUCCCCCGGGCUUUACAGCGGCGGCAGGAACAACGGCAGAGCGGGCGGCGGAGCCCCCCGCAGCCGGUGCUAGUGCGACCGGGUCCGCUGCUGGUCUCGGCUCGGCGACCGGAGAUGAGCCAGCCGGCGCGCCUCACCCUGGGCCGUUGGGAGCGCGCGCCGCUUGCCUCACGCGGCUGGAGGAGUCGGCGCGCACGGGGGGAUCACUUCUCCAUCGAGCGCGCGCAGCACGAUGCCCCAGCGCUGCGGAAUCUCUUGUCCGAGGACAGUUUCGCGAACCUGGGCCUGGAGCCCCGGGUGCUGCGCGCACUGCAGGAGGGUGCGCCAGAAGUUAUUAGGCCCACUACCGUGCAACUGAGCACCAUCCCGCCGUUACUGCGCGGCCGCCACGCCCUUUGCGCCGCGGAAACCGGCAGUGGCAAGACUCUUGGCUACCUCCUACCGCUGUUUCAACGGCUCUUGGCCCGGCCCAGCCUGAACUCCCGCCAUAUCCCGGCUCCCAGGGGCCUGGUCCUCGUGCCUUCCCGAGAAUUGGCCGAACAGGUGCGAGCCGUGGCCCAGGCAUUGGGCAGCUCCUUGGGCCUGCAGGUGCGAGAGCUAGGGGGAGGCCAUGGCAUGAAUAAGAUCAGACUGCAACUGUCCAAACAACCUCCAGCAGAUGUGCUAGUGGCCACUCCAGGGGCUCUGUGGAAGGCCCUGAAAAGUCAACUCGUCAGCCUGGAGCAGCUUUCCUUCUUGGUGUUGGAUGAGGCAGACACACUGCUGGAUGAGAGCUUCCUGGAACUGGUGGACUACAUCUUGGAGAAGAGUCAUAUAGCAGAAGGUCCAGCUGACUUAGAAGAUCCUUUCAAUCCCAAAGCUCAGCUGGUGCUGGUGGGCGCCACAUUUCCUGAAGGUGUGGGCCAGCUGCUGAGUAAAGUCACCAGCCCAGACUCUCUCACCACCAUCACCAGCUCCAAGCUCCACUGCAUCAUGCCUCAUGUCAGACAGACAUUUGUGAGGCUCAAGGGAGCAGAGAAGGUAACUGAGUUGGUGCAGAUCCUCAAGCAGCAUGACAGAGCAAAUAGGACUGGCCUCUCAGGAACUAUCCUGGUGUUCUGUAAUAGCUCCGCCGCUGUGAACUGGCUGGGAUAUAUUCUAGAUGACCACAAAAUCCAACACUUAAGGCUGCAGGGGCAAAUGCCAGCCUCAGUGAGGACAGGCAUCUUCCAGUGCUUCCAGAAGGGCUCCCAAGACAUACUUCUCUGCACAGACAUAGCCUCUCGGGGCCUGGACAGCACCCAUGUGGAGCUAGUUGUCAAUUAUGAUUUCCCCCCCACCCUGCAAGACUACAUCCACAGAGCAGGGAGGGUGGGCCGUGUGGGGAGUGAGGUGCCAGGCACUGUCAUCAGCUUUGUAACCCAUCCAUGGGAUGUGAGCCUGGUUCAGAAAAUUGAGCUGGCAGCUCGCCGGAGGAGAAGCCUUCCAGGACUAGAGUCCUCAGUGAGAGAACCUUUGCCCCAGUAAACCUGAUUUUGGCUGGCUUAAAUGUGAUGCCAGAACAAGGGUCUUUCCCUGUGUCCUGUGUGGUUGAGCACACUUGGCAACAGGAGGAACUGGGUUGUGCUGUCACCUCCCUGAGGGCCUGGUGAGCUGCUGGCCAGCAUUGGAGGCUGAGCUGCCAAGCAUGGCUGCCUGUAGUUUUUCAUAUGACAUAUGAAAAUAAAGUGGAAUUUGGCUUUGUAUCAUGUCAUGAUUUCUAACAAUACAUAAUGUCUUGAGUAAUAAUUUAUGGGUCUCCCCUAAUACUAAUUACCAUUGGGGCAGAAUUUAGUGAACUUUAAGAAGAAUCAGACCCCAAACUACAUGUAGGACAAAGGCCCUUUCAAUUGAUGUUUUAAUUUGUAACCACUUAGAUCUUAUUUUUUUGCUCCCAAAAAAGUAUUCAUUAACAUAUCUAGAAAGGCAAAUACAUAGAAACAAACAUUUAUUAGUAGUUACCAAGACUAGGGAGAUGUGGGAAGUUUUUACUUACAAGGUACCGAGUUUCUCUUUAGGGAGAUGAAAAUCAUUUGGAAAUGGAGAGUGGUGAUGGUUGUAAAACAUGGUGAAUGUAAUUAAUGUUACUGAAUUGUACAUUUAAAAAUGGUUAAAAUGGCAAAUGUUACAUAAAUUUUAC